UGCUACUCUGUAGGCUGUGUUAUCGUGUAGCUAACCAAUGAGAAACGCAGUCGACGGCCCAAUAAGAGAAGGGCUUUUACCUAGUGCGCUUCUGUAGUUUCGAAGCUUCGCACAAGUUACCUGAACAUGGACACGAUUUUUCACGAAAAACAGGAGGGCUCGUUAUGUGCCCAACACUGCCUGAACAACCUUCUACAAGGAGAGUAUUUCACGCCAAUUGAACUGUCAUCAAUUGCUCAUCAAUUGGAUGAGGAGGAGCGGAUGAGAAUGGCAGAGGGUGGUGUAGCCAGCGAAGAGUACAGAACUUUCUUGCAGCAACCCUCUGGCAAUAUGGAUGAUAGUGGGUUUUUUUCGAUUCAAGUAAUCAGUAAUGCUCUUGGAGUAUGGGGUUUGGAGCUGAUCCUCUUCAACAGCCGGGAAUACCAGCGAUUAAUGAUCGACCCAAUAAAUGAGAAGGCUUUCAUAUGCAACUACAAAGAACAUUGGUUCACAGUGCGAAAACUUGGACAGCAGUGGUUUAACCUGAAUUCACUGUUGACUGGACCAGAGCUGAUAUCGGACACAUACCUGGCUCUUUUCUUAGCACAGUUACAGCAAGAAGGAUAUUCUAUAUUUGUGAUCCGAGGAAAUUUGCCCGAAUGUGAGGCAGACAAAAUUUUGGGGAUUGUACGUGUAGAACAACAACAAAGACCUAAGCUGAUUGGUGAAGAUGAUGCCCAGACAAGUAGUGGCCAAAGAGCCACCUUGAAAGUCAAGGACCAUGGACUUGGAUUGGAGGAGAGGGUAUUGGAUUCAGAUGAAGAAGAAUUGAGGAAGGCCCUGGCCCUGAGUCGACAAGACAUGGAGGUGGAAGAUGAAGAGGCUGACCUCCGUAGAGCUAUCCAACUCAGCAUGCAAGGUGCAGCUCCUACACCCUCCACCAUACCCAAAGAUGGCAGUGUUCCUGUAACAUCAGGAGGCUCAUUGUCCACAGGGACUAUAGGUAGUCCCCAGGAGAACAACCUCAGCGCUGAGGAGUUACGCAGGAGACGACAAGCUUACUUUGACAGGCAUUCUCAGCUCCAGACACAAGUCACUGCAGCACAGCAACAGGACAGUAAACCCACAGCCAGCAACCACUGAUGGAGAAGACCAUGGAAAGUGGUGUUACAGUACAUAGAGUGUGGUCUAUGUGAGCUACGGAUCAGUCAACAGGUAUGUUGUACAGAAUUGUCUCCAUUAUUUCUCAUUAAAUGUGUGGUAAAUGUAGUGUUACUAGAUUAACUGUUUUGUUAGUUAGACUAUUGUCACCAUAUACAUCUACUGUCGUUCUAAUUUAUGUAACCUUCACUUGGUAUGUUAUUGUAGGAAGUUGCAACAAGCAUAUGACAAUGUGGCUAACUGUGCGUUCAGACCAAGAGCGACUUGAGCUUCCAAAAUCGCUCUGGACGCCCUGUCAAGGACGCCGUGGGAAGCUUGGAUGCUUUGGCCGCUCUGACGUAGUAGCAUUCCAUGUUCGUUGCUGGUCGUUUGGUCGCUGAACCGCAUCAUAGCUCAUUACCAUAAAGUUAAACCACGUUCAACUUUCUCUAGUCGCUCAAGACGCCCAAAACGUGACGCCGACGGAUUGGUCGCUGCUGGCAGCUGAGAGAAGCCGGCUUCCAUUAAAAAUGAAUGACUUCCGGAAUCUUUGGAAGCUCAAGUCGCCCGCGGUGUGAACGCACAGUAACGUUAAAGCAGAUUUCCAGCCAAUUUUAACAUGGCACUCAGCUAAUCAUGUUCAUGGAAUACUGUCGAUCGGAAAAAAUUUGAAAAACAUGCUGUCGGUGCUGUCUGAUGCGUGUGUAACAGAUGUAAACCGUUUCAGACCAGUUGAAUGGACCGGAAUGAAGUGCACACACACAGAAGGAUGCGGUAUCUGCAACUCUGUUUACUGGACACAGAAUGGGGCAGUUUAGAAUGCGCACAAGCAGGAAUCUCCCAUUCCCCUUUAAAGCAUCCACUUUGCAACUCAUAAUAACUAUGGAUAAUAAGUUAUACAUAUGAUAAUAAUUAGAUAUAAAUGACAAUAAUACAUAAUACAAAUAAUACAAUACAAAAGACAAAUCACAACCUCAUAUACAAUUAGGGCUGUCAACAAAUAUUCUAGAUUCGAAUUUAUAUUCUAAUAGUUUUAAAAAGCAGACAUUCAAUUAUGAAAACUAGAAAAGCACUCCGAGAGCGCAGACCUCCGCCAAGCGCCUUAGUUCCCCCCACAUUUGUGGUUUGCACCAAAAAUAAUAAACAGUUUUAUGCUAUUACAUUUCUUGAAGCCGUUAUAGAGAUGUAAUGCGCAAAGCAUGAGAUAUGGCUGUGACUUUUAUUUUGACACACAGGAAACACUUCAACAGGAUGUGUAGUUCAGGGAGAGCCAGAUUGUAUGCUUAGAAGCUGAGACCAUUGGAUUCACAUGUGUUCUGAUUAGCCUGGGAACUACUCUGGGAGCUUAACGAGCGCAGCUGACUAGGCCAUUUUGACAUCACAACCUCCAUUCAAGUCUAUGGGGGAAGAUAUAACAGCCAUAUUACGCAAUGUUAAUAAAGAAUCCUUAAAUUAAAAAGAAUCCUCUAUCCAUAUCACUCCCAAAUUGAAUGGUGUUUUCCUUGGGUCAUUUCAGACCUUCCCUGAAAAUUUCAUCGAAAUCCAAUCAUUGCCUUUUGAGUUAUCUUGCUAACAAACAGACAGACAAACAGACAGACAGACAAACGCCGGUCCCCUAUGAAAACAUAACCUCCUUGGCGGAGGUAUUUAAGAGUCAUUGCACGAGAAAACCAGGCAAAACCAACAGGAGGUAGGAAGAUGGGGGUCGGCCAAAUCGGCUCAUACUUUGUAUGUGAUAAGUAUGUGGAACUAUGAACAGCCAUAUACUUAAAACCCUCGAAGUCUUUUUUGUUGUGGAGUUCUGGGGCCCCUCUCAGAGAACCUCAAAAAUCCAACAAUUCAUGGCUGAAAAUGACUGAAAUUGCCAUUUCUACCCUGAUUAUCCUGAUAAAGAUAUGAACAUGAGCUUUAUGUUUCCAUAGAGCUUAGGUAGAAUAGUUUUAAAGACCAAAAGGUGCACUAGGGGGUUAUCUGCACCACUGAAAGCAGAAUUUUCAUCCCUCUAAAAUUGGUAAUUUUUAGGAGGCAUUAUCUCACAUUCGCAGUGGCUUUGG